AUGUCUCCCAUCGAAAAGGCCGACAGUGUCGGCAUCAACGAAGCAUCUGUCGACCUCGUUGAGCAGGGCAAGGUCGAGCCUACGACGCACGCGCCCAUCCUGACCGACGAGGAAAAGCGCAUGGAGAAGCGCAUCGUCCGCAAGAUCGACUACCGUCUGCUGCCCAUCACGGCCCUCAUCUACCUCCUGUGUUACAUUGACCGGUCCAACAUUGGCAAUGCAAAAAUUUUGAACUCCAACACCGGCGACGACAUCCUGCAGACCAACCACAUGUCGACGUACCAGUACACGGUGGCGCUCAUGCUCUUCCUCGUCGCCUACUGCAUCUUUGAGGCGCCCAGCAACCUGAUGAUCAAGAUUGCGUCGCCGCGGCGCUGGCUCGGGUUUCUGGUGCUGUGUUUCGGCGCCUUUUGUGCGGGCAUCGGCGGCACCACCAACGCGGCCGGCGUGACGGCGCUGCGCUUCUUUCUGGGCGCCGCCGAGGCGGGCGUCUUCCCGGGCAUGAUUUACUACUUCAGCUUCUGGUACCGCGGCGAGGAGCGGGCGGCGCGCAUCGCCUCGUUCAUGUGCAGCGCGACGCUCUCGGGCGCCUUUGGCGGCUGCAUUGCGUACGGCGUGGGCCACAUGAACGGCGCGGGCGGGCUGCCGGCGUGGCGCUGGCUGUUUAUCUUUGAGGGCCUGCCGUCCAUCGUGCUGGGCGUGCUGGUCUUCUUCUUCCUGCCCAGCUACCCCGAGGAGGUCCGGUGGCUGACGGCCGACGAAAAGGCGCUGCAGACGCGCCGCCUCGGCAUCCACGGCAACGCCAUCGAGGAGAAGAUCAACUGGCAGGACGCCAAGGCCGUGCUGCUGGACGGGCGCAUGUGGCUGCACUACUUUGUCUACGGCUGCGCGGGCUGCGGCGUCGCCUCCCUCUCGCUCUUCGCCCCGACCAUCGUCCAGGGCCUCGGCUACGCCGACCUGCAGGCCCAGCUCUACACCGUCCCGCCCUACGCCGCCGCCUACGUCUUCACGCUGGCGACGUCCUACGCCUCGGACAAGCUCAAGCAGCGCGGCCUCGUGGCCGGCGGCUCCUUCAUGCUGGGCUCCGUCGCCUACAUCGUCCUCGCCGCCCUGCCCGGCGCGUCCUACGCCGUGCGCUACGCCAUGCUCUGCCUGGCCACGUCGGGCGUCUUUGGCGGCCUGCCCGCGCUCUGCGCCUGGGUCGGCGACAACGCCCGCACGACGACGGCCGGCGCGCUGGCCACGGGCCUCAACAUUGCCGUCUCGGGCCCCGGCCAGAUCAUCGGCGUCUGGAUCUACCGCGCACAGGACGCGCCCAUCUACCGGCUCGGCCACGGCAUCAACGCCGGCUUCCUGUUCCUCGCCAUGGCCCUCAGCUUUGCGCUGACCAUCCACUACCACCGGAAGAAUGCCAAGAUGGCCGGCACCAGCGAGCUGCGCUGGGCGGUGUAG